GUAAGAUUUUACUAUUGCCAGACAAAUAUUCCCCAGUUAGUAACUUCAAUUGGGUAUAAUUAUGGACAAUAACAUCACAUCAUAUCACAUGUGAUUUUACUAUCCAAUUGCCCAUCCCAGCUUCAAACCAAUAAGCCACACAUCUAAUCAUCCUAUUAUCUCCCAUCUAUACCAUCUAUUAAUCAAGCUAUCUACUAUGCUCGUUAUUCUUCACGACCUAUGCAUAAACUCCCUAACCAAGCAAGUACAGCCGUUGCCCCAUUGUGGCUGUGCACUGCCCUACCAAGCUAACUUCUCCCACAUCAACCAGUAAAGACCACCACCAACCAUCUAUCACAAAAGUAAAUCAGGGGCUCGUUAAAAAGCGGGAGAGAUGUGAAACAAGUCAACCUAAAAGUAGCCUGAAUAGACCAGACACCAGGACUGGAUUUGAACUUUACUCAACUAGGUCAAUACCAUAGUUAUGUGUGAUGGACAGAGCGUCAACGGCGUUCUCCGUACAUACCCAGUAAUAAUCUCGUGGGAAUUGUAUAGAUGGUCUAUAAGGGGUGAGUGAUGUGCAUGGUUUGCGAGUAAGUAGGGUGGAUAGUAUGGAUAUACCGUAGUAAGUUGCUAUGUCUGAUACGGAGUAUACUAUACCAACCAGACCAAACCAUGGAAGAUACUAAACUUAGUCGACUAUACCAUUCAGCAACUAUGGUAUGUGCUGAGUUAAAAGAAAAGUGGCGUAUGCCUCAGCUUGAAACAUCUGCGCCACUUCACUCACCCCGUUAUCGGAAGUUACUAUUAUGUUAUGGGAUGGGGAUGGGGGGUUUCCGUGCCCGUUAUUCCAUCGUGCACCGAGACGGGAUUCUUACUCCUAGAGGAAGGGCCGACAGGGCUGCUUUGUUAGUAGCGUUGCAAAGUCUCCAUCCAUGUCUGGGGCUGUUUGUCUGUGUCACACGAGGCUCAGUCGGGACGGAUGCGGUGCACGGGCGAGAUAGUAGCCAUUUAAGUGGUUGGACUUUAGUUGACAGGUUUGGGUAUUAAGGUGGUUAGUAAGGUUUGG